CCGGCCACCCGCAUGGCGCUGCGCAGCUUCUGCAGCGCUGAUGGCUCCGACCCGCUUUGGGAUUGGAAUGUCACAUGGCACACCAGCAGCCCUGACUUUACCAGGUGCUUUCAGAACACCGUCCUCACAUGGGUGCCUUGUUUCUACCUCUGGUCCUGUUUCCCCCUCUAUUUCUUCUAUCUCUCCCGACAUGACCGGGGCUACAUCCAGAUGACGCACCUCAACAAAGCAAAAACUGCUUUAGGGUUCUUGCUGUGGAUCGUCUGCUGGGCAGACCUCUUCUAUUCUUUCUGGGAAAGAAGUCAGGGAGUGUUCCUAGCCCCAGUGUUACUUGUCAGCCCUACACUGCUGGGCAUCACCAUGCUGCUCGCCACUUUUUUAAUCCAACUUGAGCGAAGGAAGGGUGUCCAGUCCUCGGGGAUUAUGCUUAUCUUCUGGCUUGUAGCCUUACUGUGUGCCACUGCCAUCUUCAGAUCUAGGAUCAUCUCUGCCUUAAAAAAGGAUGCCCAGGUGGAUGUGUUUCGAGACACCACGUUCUAUGUGUACUUCACCCUUGUGCUUUUCCAGCUUGUGCUGUCCUGCUUCUCAGACAGCUCACCCCUGUUCUCUGAAACUGUCCAUGACGUGAAUCCGUGCCCGGAAUCCAGUGCCUCUUUCCUUUCCAGGAUCACUUUCUGGUGGAUUACAGGGAUGAUGGUGCAGGGCUACCGCCAGCCCCUGGAGAGCAGUGACCUCUGGUCACUGAAUAAGGAGGACACGUCAGAAGAAGUCGUCCCUGUGCUGAUAAAUAACUGGAAGAAGGAGUGUGCUAAGUCGAGGAAGCAGCCUGUGCAGAUUAUGUAUGCAUCUCCCAAAGAUCCCAACAAGCCCAAGGGAAGUUCCCAGUUGGAUGUGAAUGAGGAGGUCGAGGCGCUGAUUGUCAAAUCCCCCCAGCAGGACAAGGAGCCCUCUCUGUUCAAGGUGUUAUACAAGACCUUUGGGCCCUAUUUCCUCAUGAGCUUCCUGUUCAAGGCCCUUCAUGAUCUGAUGAUGUUUGCUGGCCCCGAGAUCUUGAAAUUGAUUAUCAACUUUGUGAAUGACAGGGAGGCCCCCGACUGGCAGGGCUACUUCUACACAGCUCUGCUGUUCAUCAGCUCCUGUCUGCAGACGUUGGUUCUGCACCAGUACUUUCACAUCUGCUUCAUCAGCGGCAUGCGCAUCAAGACAGCUGUGGUGGGCGCUGUCUACCGCAAGGCCCUUGUGAUCACCAAUUCAGCUAGAAAGUCUUCUACGGUUGGGGAGAUUGUCAACCUCAUGUCCGUGGAUGCCCAGCGCUUCAUGGAUUUGGCCACAUACAUUAACAUGGUCUGGUCAGCCCCUCUACAAGUCAUCCUAGCCCUCUGGCUCCUAUGGCUGAACCUGGGUCCUUCUGUGUUGGCUGGGGUAGCUGUGAUGGUCUUCAUGGUACCCUUCAAUGCUGUGAUGGCCAUGAAGACCAAGACCUACCAGGUGGCACACAUGAAGAGCAAAGACAACAGAAUCAAGCUGAUGAAUGAGAUCCUCAAUGGGAUCAAAGUACUUAAGUUAUAUGCCUGGGAGCUGGCCUUCCAGGACAAGGUCAUGGACAUCAGGCAAGACGAGCUGAAGGUGCUAAAGAAAUCUGCGUACCUGGCGGCUGUGGGCACGUUCACCUGGGUCUGCACACCUUUCUUGGUGGCUCUGUCGACCUUUGCUGUCUAUGUGACAGUGGAUGAGAACAACAUCCUAGAUGCAAAGAAAGCCUUUGUGUCCCUAGCCCUGUUCAAUAUCUUGCGCUUCCCACUCAACAUCCUGCCCAUGGUCAUCAGCAGCAUUGUGCAGGCCAGCGUCUCCCUCAAACGUCUCAGGAUCUUUCUGUCUCACGAGGAGCUGGAACCAGACAGCAUUGAGCGGUGGCCGAUCAAGGAUGGUGGGGGGAUGAAUAGCAUCACUGUGAAGAAUGGAACGUUCACAUGGGCCAGGGGUGAAUCUCCCACACUGAAUGGCAUCAACUUCUCCAUCCCCGAAGGAGCACUUGUGGCCGUGGUGGGCCAGGUAGGCUGCGGGAAGUCAUCUCUGUUGUCAGCCCUGCUGGCUGAGAUGGACAAGGUGGAGGGACACGUGACUCUCAAGGGCUCUGUGGCCUAUGUGCCCCAGCAGGCUUGGAUUCAGAAUGACUCUCUCCGAGAGAACAUCUUGUUUGGGCAUCCCCUGAAGGAACGCUACUACAAGGCAGUGUUGGAAGCCUGUGCCCUCCUCCCAGAUCUGGAAAUCUUGCCCAGUGGGGACCGGACAGAGAUUGGUGAGAAGGGUGUGAACCUGUCAGGGGGCCAGAAGCAGCGUGUGAGCCUGGCCCGAGCUGUGUACUGUAACUCCGACAUCUACCUCUUCGACGACCCCCUCUCGGCUGUGGAUGCGCAUGUUGGGAAGCACAUCUUUGAGAAGGUGGUUGGUCCCAUGGGCCUACUGAAGAACAAGACACGGAUCCUGGUCACACAUGGCAUCAGCUCCCUGCCCCAAGUGGAUGUCAUCAUUGUUAUGAGUGGCGGCAAGAUAUCAGAGAUGGGUUCCUACCAGGAGCUGCUAGACCGGGAUGGGGCCUUCGCCGAGUUCCUGCGCACCUAUGCCAGUGCUGAGCAGGACCUAGCCUCAGAGGAUGACAGUGUCAGUGGUUCAGGGAAGGAGUCAAAGCCAGUGGAGAAUGGGAUGCUGGUGCCAGUGGGGAAACACCCUCCGAGUGGGGAUGCUGGUCAGCAGCACAGCAGCACAGCCGAACUGCAGAAGGCUGGAGUCAAGGAGGAGACAUGGAAGCUGAUGGAAGCGGACAAGGCACAGACAGGACAGGUGCAGCUGUCAGUGUACUGGGACUACAUGAAGGCCAUUGGCCUCUUCAUUUCCUUCUUGAGUAUCUUCCUCUUCCUAUGCAACCAUGUGUCUGCACUGGCCUCCAAUUAUUGGCUGAGCCUCUGGACAGAUGACCACCCUACUAUCAAUGGGACUCAGGAGCACAGGACGUACCGACUGAGUGUCUAUGGGGCUUUGGGCCUCUUACAAGGUGUCUCAGUAUUUGGCUACUCCAUGGCUGUGUCCAUUGGGGGCAUCUUUGCUUCCCGUCAUCUACACCUGGACCUGCUACGUAAUGUCCUGCGCUCGCCCAUGAGCUUCUUUGAGCGCACACCCAGUGGGAACCUAGUAAACCGCUUCUCCAAGGAGCUGGACACAGUGGACUCCAUGAUCCCGCAGGUCAUCAAGAUGUUCAUGGGUUCACUCUUUAGCGUCAUUGGAGCUGUCAUUAUCAUCCUGCUGGCCACACCCAUCGCCGCUGUCAUCAUCCCACCCUUGGGCCUUGUCUACUUCUUUGUGCAGAGGUUCUAUGUGGCCUCCUCCCGACAGCUGAAGCGCCUCGAGUCUGUUAGCCGUUCUCCUGUGUACUCACACUUCAAUGAGACCUUGCUGGGGGUCAGUGUCAUCCGUGCCUUUGAGGAGCAGGAGCGCUUCAUUCGCCAGAGUGACCUAAAAGUAGACGAGAACCAGAAGGCCUACUACCCCAGCAUCGUGGCCAACAGGUGGCUCGCUGUGCGUCUUGAGUGUGUGGGCAACUGUAUCGUGCUGUUCGCCGCCCUGUUUGCUGUCAUAUCCCGUCACAGCCUCAGCGCUGGCUUGGUGGGCCUCUCGGUGUCUUACUCACUGCAGAUAACUUCCUACUUGAACUGGCUGGUCCGAAUGUCCUCUGAGAUGGAGACCAACAUCGUGGCCGUGGAGAGACUAAAGGAGUAUUCUGAAACAGAGAAGGAGGCUCCCUGGCAAAUCCAGGAGACAGCUCCACCCAGCACCUGGCCCCAUUCGGGCCGUGUAGAGUUCCGGGACUACUGCUUGAGGUAUCGAGAGGACUUGGACUUGGUUCUCAAGAACAUAAACGUCACCAUCGAGGGUGGAGAAAAGGUUGGCAUUGUGGGCCGUACAGGAGCUGGGAAGUCAUCACUCACCCUGGGUUUGUUCCGGAUCAAUGAGUCUUCAGAAGGGGAGAUCAUCAUUGAUGGGGUGAACAUUGCUAAGAUUGGCCUGCACAACCUGCGAUUCAAGAUCACCAUUAUCCCCCAGGAUCCUGUUUUGUUCUCGGGUUCUCUCCGCAUGAACCUGGACCCUUUCAGUCAGUAUUCUGAUGAAGAAGUCUGGAUGGCCCUGGAGCUUGCUCACCUGAAAGGCUUUGUGUCAGCUUUGCCCGACAAACUGAAUCACGAGUGUGCAGAAGGUGGAGAGAACCUGAGUGUCGGCCAGCGCCAGCUUGUGUGCCUGGCCCGGGCUCUGCUGAGGAAGACAAAGAUUCUAGUGUUGGAUGAGGCUACAGCAGCUGUGGACCUAGAGACAGAUAACCUCAUUCAGUCCACCAUCCGGACACAGUUUGAAGACUGUACUGUGCUCACUAUUGCUCACCGGCUUAAUACCAUCAUGGACUACACAAGGGUGAUCGUCUUGGACAAAGGAGAAGUUCGGGAGUGUGGUGCACCCUCUGAGCUCCUGCAGCACAGGGGCAUCUUCUAUAGCAUGGCUAAGGAUGCAGGCUUGGUGUGAGCUGGGCCCUGGCAUAAUGGUAAGAACUAUAGGGUCAGCAUCCCAGUGUCCAGGCAUUAGCCAUCAGUCCUGGGAACCCAAGCCUACCAGAUAGAAACCAAAAAACUAAAUAAAGAAAAAGAAAACCAAACUAAAAAGAAGCAAAACACACAAAGCAGCAGCUACCAUCUGGCCCCCUUCUGGAUCUGACCUUGAAGAAAUUGGGAGACAGAUGUACUCUACUUUAAACACAAGCCAGCCAGAUCUUUGGUACCACUUGUGAGGUUCUCUGGAAGUUCACGCAUGCUCCUGUAGGGCCUAGGACAGCGAACUGCUGGAGAAAUUGCUGGUUUCAAACACACUAGUUAGUGACCAAACAGCUACUGCCUCAUGUUUCUCCAGCCACAUCCAUGGAUGCCAAGCCCUGGAGCCUCUCCUGACCCUGCCAGCUCUUCUAUCCCUUCCCAUGGUCCUGUAGGUUCCAGAUGAGUGCUUCCUGUCUUCAGACCUGCAGUUGAAAGUAAGGGAACAACAAGAACAAACAAAACAAAACUCCAAACAAAACAAAUAACAAAUACAAAACUGUUGCCUCAGA